AUGCGGCGCCUGACCCGCCGCUUGGCAUUGCCCAUCUUCGGGAUACUCUGGAUCACCGUGCUGCUGUUCUUCUGGGUAACCAAAAGGAAGUUGGAAGUGCCGACGGGACCUGAAGUGCAGACCCCCAAGCCUUCAGAAGUUGACUGGGAUGAUCUCUGGGACCAGUUUGAUGAGCGGCGGUAUCUGAAUGCCAAAAAGUGGCGUGUUGGUGAUGAUCCAUAUAAGCUGUAUGCUUUCAACCAACGGGAGAGUGAGCGGAUCUCCAGUAAUCGAGCCAUCCCGGACACUCGCCAUUUGAGAUGCAACCUGUUGGUAUACUGUACGGACCUCCCACCCACCAGCAUCAUCAUCACCUUCCAUAACGAGGCCCGCUCUACCCUGCUCAGAACCAUUCGCAGCAUAUUAAACCGCACUCCUAUGCAUCUGAUCCAGGAAAUCAUAUUAGUGGAUGACUUCAGUAAUGACCCUGAUGACUGCAAACUUCUGAUCAAGCUGCCCAAGGUUAAAUGUCUACGUAAUAAUGAGCGGCAAGGUCUGGUCCGGUCCCGGAUUCGGGGUGCCAGUGUUGCCCACGGUAGCACUCUUACUUUCCUUGACAGCCACUGUGAAGUGAACAGGGACUGGCUCCAGCCCCUGGUGCACAGGGUCAAAGAGGACUACACGCGGGUGGUGUGCCCAGUGAUCGAUAUCAUCAACUUGGACACCUUUAAUUACAUCGAGUCUGCCUCGGAGCUGAGAGGGGGGUUUGACUGGAGCCUCCACUUCCAAUGGGAGCAGCUCUCCCCAGAGCAGAAGGCUCGGCGUCUGGACCCCACUGAGCCCAUUAGGACUCCAAUCAUAGCUGGAGGGCUCUUCGUGAUUGACAAAACUUGGUUCGACUACCUGGGGAAAUAUGAUAUGGAAAUGGACAUCUGGGGUGGGGAGAAUUUUGAAAUCUCCUUCAGAGUGUGGAUGUGUGGCGGCAGCUUAGAGAUCAUCCCCUGCAGCAGAGUCGGGCAUGUCUUCCGGAAGAAGCACCCAUAUGUUUUCCCGGAUGGAAAUGCCAACACUUACAUAAAGAACACCAAGCGAACAGCCGAAGUGUGGAUGGAUGAAUACAAACAAUACUAUUAUGCUGCCCGGCCUUUCGCCCUGGAGAGACCCUUUGGGAACAUUGAGAGCAGAUUGAACCUGAGGAAGAAUCUGCAGUGUGAGAGCUUCAAGUGGUACCUGGAGAAUGUCUACCCAGAACUCAGGGUCCCCAAGGACUCCUCAAUCCAGAAGGGCAAUAUUCGGCAAAGGCAGAAGUGCCUAGAGACAUAUAAGCGGAAAAACCAAGAAAUCCCCUACCUCAAAUUAAGCCCCUGUAUCAAGAUCAAAAGCGAGGAAGCCAAGUCACAGGUGUGGGCCUUCACAUACACCCAGCAGAUCCUCCAGGAGGAGCUGUGCCUCUCGGUCAUCACCUUCUUCCCUGGCGCCCCUGUGGUUCUUGUGCUUUGCAAGAAUGGAGAUGACAAACAGCAAUGGACCAAGACUGGCUCCCACAUCGAGCACAAGGCCUCGCACCUCUGCCUGGACACAGACAUGUUUGGUGAGGGCACUGAGAACAGCGGGGAGAUCGUCGUCAACCCCUGUGAGUCCUCACUGAUGAGCCAACACUGGGACAUGGUGAGCUCCUGA